GGAUUUCGUCCCCCCGUCUAUUUUCGGCCCCUUUCUCCUUUGGAGCUUCUUCCCCGGUGGAUAGCUCCUAAGGUCUUGUUGAUGACUCGACGAAGGUGUUCGAUUGUGCUGGCGCCUCUCGCAGCUUCAGCGGCGGGCGGAGCCAAGGCUGGCACUGCCUUCUCUCCCGUUUUAUGUCUGAUCCUAGGUUGGGGAUGGACAGUUCCUUCGGCAAUGCUCUUUCGUCUCGGGUGUUUGGGUUGUGGCUUUCGAAGUUUUGCCAUGGGAGGUGACAAUUGUUGGGCUUCGGUGCAGUUUCCGGUGGGGGGUCAUUUUCGAAGGAGAUUUUGGUUUGUUGUCACUAGUCUAGUUAGCCUUAGCCUUAGAGUUGUGGAGUUGGGAUCUUCGUCCCAUGCCAACCCCGUUAUUCGCGCCGGCCCUCAUGCCACCCUCACCGUCCACGCCGCAGCCACUUCCUCUGACCCCUCCUCCGCCACCGUGGUGCCGCUCAAGCAUUACCGCCCCACAGACGAGAACGUCCGCGACGAGGCCCAUCACCACGAAAUCAGCAAAGUUCUACCGACAAGGGUCGAUGUAAUUGAGAGUAACACCCUAUUUUAG